UCCACCUCAUCUCACUUAACAGACAAGCUCUUUGAGCGGAUCAUCGCAAUGGCUCUCCCCACUCCGUCCAGUGUUUCGCAGGAAUCCAUCGAGGAGCGCAUAGAGGCUCAGAGGUCACGUCCGUCACUCUCGGUGCCGCUCAUGAGUAAGAACUUCAUUCUCAUGAAUGCGCGGCUCAGCGGCGUGUUCGUACUCAUAGAUGAACUCAUCAAAGUGCUUUCGUGGCGUUAUCCGACUUAUACUCUUGGUUUGCUCUCCAUCUACACAUGGCUUGUGUUAAAUCCAGUCUUGCUCCUAUCAGUGCCCCUUCUAUAUGUCUUGUUCUGCGUGUUGGUGCCGAACUACUUGGUAAUGCAUCAGCCUGAAGCCUUAAUCGGUAUGGUGAACCCCGUGCCCACUGAUGGGCCCUCCUUGCGCAAGCCCGAAUUGCCUACGCCGGCACCCGAGACGUCGCGUGAAUUCUUCCUUAACGUGACUGACCUCCAAAAUCACAUGCUCUUGUACGUUACGGGCUAUGACUUUGUGAACGGCCUCUCGAACCACUUACUCUACUUUCGCGAUGAGGCCUUGACUAGUUGUGUGUUUGUAUGUCUCUUGUGUGCCGUUGCCUUCAAUGUGUGUCUCCUCCCCUGGAUCGUUCGUCGGUGCAGCAGUUUCAUCGUCUUUGUAGUGCAAUGGGGUCUCAUUGUUGGCGGUUGGAGCUUCGCGGCAUUGUGUCAUCCCAAAUACUGGGAGCGCGUUAUUGAGUACUACUAUACGGAAGACACACGGCUCCGCAUCUUGACCCUCGCGAACCAGCUCGAGUCCCACAUUAUAGCAGAGUUUUGGCUGGAAGCAGAACCCGCAGAAGAGCGCGAGGUCGAAGUUUACGAGUUGCAGCACUGCAACGAUAAGUCCAAGCAAUGGCAGAGCUUUGGUUACACCACCGACGCCUACACCAACAGAGCGGUGCUGCGGUCUGGGAAACAAAUCCCCACCACCUUGUCUAGCUUAUCCAAGGUCCAGGCUCCACAGAGGUGGGAGUUCAGCGGUGCUUCCUGGAAAUUAGACUUGAGUCCUGAGGGCUGGGUGCAGCGCAACGUGUUGUGGCCGAACGUCAUCAUCGAUCAGGACGAAAAGUGGGUGUAUGACCUGGGUGAGGCUGGCGCUAGGGGGCUGUAUCGACGGAGACGAUGGAGCCGUGUUUGUACCAGA